AAGGUAUCCAAGUCAAGAAGAGGCAUGUCUAUGCAAACAGCUGAGUAUCACAGCGAGGAGGAGGAUGAACCUAUCCAGCACAUGCCCUCCCCUGACAGCAAGCCUUGCAUCGCUGACUGCGGGCUUCCCCCGUCCCUUGGGAUGAAAACCUCACUGGGAAGCUUGUUCGGGAAGCCUGCGAGGGUUGGGAUGAGCAAGAAGGUCUUCUCUAUGGCGGAUCUCUCCUCUGCUGUCGACUUUGCGGACAGUGAGGACGCCGGCAAACUGCCUAGCAGGAAGGCACACACGGAGCACAAGAAAGUGAACCUGAACCCUCCUACGAUCGAGGACGACGAUGACGACAUCGGCGUUGAUAGCGACGCGUACUCGGAUAGCGAUGACGAGGAGCUGUUGGUCAAACCAACCUUGCACCACACUGCGGGAUCAGACUCUGUGCUGUCGAAAGCAAGCGGGAUGAAGAAGAGUAUGUCGAGCUUGGACUUCUUGAAGACAAACUUCAGCGGCUCUGGCGAUCUCUCUCCGAAGCUUCCUCCCAAGCAUGGCAAGAACUUGCUCGUUGUCUUCGACAUGGACCACACCAUGGUGGGUGACCUUGUCGCCCUUUCCGACCGUGACAACAUCGAGACGAACGUGCCAUGGAUCUACUGGCCCGAAGGAAAGAACAAGGGACUGUCCCCUGAGUUCGUGAUCCCUUACUUGCAGCGGGGCAUGUUGAGGCCGGGUCUGCUGGAGUUGAUAACUUCCCUGCGCGGCCUCGGCGCGACCAUUGUGGUGUACACGCACUCCGAGGAGAAGUGGGCAACCAAGGUCUGUGAAGCGAUGGAAAGAGUUGCGGGGAUGCCGUUCAUCAAGAGGAUCUUCUCCAGGAUGGACUGCAAGGAUGGACACCCAGAGUUCACGGCCAGGAAAUCCCUCGAGUUCGUCGUGAAAGAGAUGAAGGAGAAGGACGGUCUCCAUUGGGCUGAAGUCGACAAGACCAUCUUUUUCGAUGACGACGGCAACGCAGUCAACAAGUCUGAGCAGUCACGUCUCGUCAAGGUUGCCUCCUAUGACUACUGGGAGCCCUGCCAGUGGGAUGAAGUUGUCAACGAGCCGAUGAUGCGAAGAAAUCCCCCAGACCUCGCCGACAUGGUGCGAAGAAGUGUUGUCGAGUGGGGCAUUGCUCCCCCCUCCUACAUCAAGGGCAAAGUCACGGCAGAAGACGCGAAGAAGGACGCGAGGUGGGCGGCGCAGCUGCAGAAGAAAGAGUCUAUCCUGCUCUCCUUCAACAAGGUCGCCAAGCUCGACCGCGUCAUGUUUGACAUCCGCGAGUGCAUCAUGAAGCACGUCACCGACCUGGAGAUGCUGCCUGAGAAAGUUAGAUCUCAUCUUGGCAACACGAUCCAGCCACAGUCUCGUCGACGCAACUAAGAUCUGUCAAGGCGGCUCUCCGUUCCUUGUAUCUUGCUCUCCCUCCCUUCCCCCCUUCUUCUUGCCCUGCCACAAGAGCGCUUAAGUCGCGCCAUCAACGUCUGGACUGGUUGAGGCUGCGGAGGAUGUCAUGGAGCCAGUCUCCGGUGCUCCUCCUGCUCUGCUGGAGGAAGCAGUACCCCUCCGCUACCCUCACCCCGAACAUGACGGACUGUACUACCAGCAGGGUCGUAAGUGAAUAGAUCAACACUUGUUCC